AUGGAGACUAAGAAGUUCUAUGAGAGAUGCAGCAGAAUGCUGCAGGACGUAAAGGAAAAAAGGACGGGAAUAAAAACAGCGUGCUACAAAACCGAAAUGCCAACCAAGUACAUGGCAGUUAUCAGCAGCAUAAUCCGGAAGUAUGACGUGCUGUCAAGAGUUGUUGGGGCGCUGAGGUUUGACAUACGCAACCGAUGGAUGGCUAUCGUGCUAUGCUACGAGAUUCUGUAUGGGAACAACCGGGAGGCCACGCGGUUCAACAAGAAGCUCGCAAACGAGGUCAAAGAGACAUAUAAGUCUCUGGGGAUCGUGGAGAAGACAAAAACGAAGGAAGACCGCGGGCAAGCGUACAUACGCCUGAACACGCUAAAGGCAGACGCAUCUGCAAUUUCCUCUCUUUCGCUUGAGCCGACAAUUGUCCCAGACGUGUACAAGGUCAUGGAAAAGGUGAACUGGAUUAAGCUGAAAAGCUACCAGGAGGGGUACUUUUUCGUCCAAGACUUAUCGAGCUGCCUCCCUGCAUACGUGCUAAAUCCCCCGAAGAACAGCGUGGUUUUGGAUGCCUGCUCGGCCCCUGGGAACAAAACCACGCAUCUUGCGAUGCUUUCUCCAACGAGCGUGAUAUACGCAGUGGAAAAAGACAUGGAGAGAUACAAAACGCUCCGAGAGAUGAUCGAGAAGUCCGGGGCAGAAAAUAUCGUGAGCAUGCACUGCGACUUUUUGGGCAUUACGAAAGAGGUGGAAGACGUGUUUAAGGCCGAGUAUAUUUUGGUCGACCCGUCGUGCAGCGGAUCCGGGAUACACCCGGGCGAGGAGAAAGACUAUGCAAGAAUCAGCAAGCUCAGCGCGUUCCAAGUGAAGAUACUGAACAAGGCCUUGAGCUAUCCCAGAGCCAAAAAGGUUGUGUACUCGACCUGCUCGAUCUACGAGGAGGAGAACGAAGGAGUUGUAAGCCAGGCUCUAAAAGCCAACCCCGGAUAUGUGCUGGAGAAAGCACUGCCUGCAUGGAGCAAGAGGGGCGCCCCGGGAUAUGAGUUCAGCGAGAAAGUGGUUCGGUGCGAUGCAGACAUGGAGACCAAAGGGUUCUUUUUGGCGUCGUUUGUUAGAAAAGACAGCAAGUAG